GGCGAGGCGCGCGCGAGCCGAGCGCGGGGCACGAUGUCCGACGCGGGCGGCGGAAAGAAGCCGCCUGUAGAGCCGCAGGCGGGGCCGGGGCCGGGGCGCGCAGCCGGGGAAAGGGGCCUGCCGGGCUCCUUCCCUCUGGUCCUCAAGAAGCUGAUGGAGAACCCCCCACGCGAGACGCGCCUCGAUAAGGAAAAGGGGAAGGAAAAGCUGGAGGAAGACGAGGCCACAGCAGCCAGCACCAUGGCCGUCUCGGCCUCCCUCAUGCCGCCCAUCUGGGACAAAACCAUCCCGUACGAUGGCGAGUCUUUCCACCUGGAGUACAUGGACCUGGAUGAGUUCCUGCUGGAGAAUGGCAUCCCCGCCAGCCCCACCCACCUGGUGCAGAACCUGCUGCUGCCAGUGGCUGAGCUAGAAGGGAAGGAGUCAGCCAGCUCCUCCACGGCGUCCCCACCAUCCUCCUCCACCGCCGUCUUUCAGCCCUCGGAAACCGUGUCCAGCACAGAAUCCUCCCUGGAAAAGGAGAGGGAGACCCCCAGUCCCAUCGACCCCAACUGCGUGGAGGUAGACGUGAACUUCAAUCCUGACCCUGCUGACCUGGUCCUGUCGAGUGUGCCCGGCGGGGAGCUCUUCAACCCUCGGAAGCACAAGUUUGCCGAGGAGGACCUGAAGCCCCAGCCCAUGAUCAAAAAGGCCAAGAAGGUCUUUGUCCCCGAUGAGCAGAAGGACGAGAAGUACUGGACAAGACGCAAGAAGAAUAACGUGGCGGCCAAGCGGUCCCGGGACGCCCGGCGCCUGAAGGAGAACCAGAUCACCAUCCGGGCGGCCUUCCUGGAGAAGGAGAACACGGCCCUGCGGACGGAGGUGGCGGAGCUGCGCAAGGAGGUGGGCAAGUGCAAGACCAUCGUGUCAAAGUAUGAGACCAAGUACGGGCCCUUGUAACCCGCGCCCCGCUGGGGCGCUGCCUCACCUCAGACCUCUGCCGGGGGCCCCGAAACCCACCCCUGCGUGGAGACUUAUGACUCGUCGUGGGCGCAUGGUGGCGCACCUGCCCCGGAGCCUUCACGUUCAAGCUUCAUUAUCACACACGACCCGUGCGGCGACUUCCCUGGGGGCCGGCCUCCUCCCUGCAGGACUUGAGAGAAUCUACGAGGCGGUGAAUCAGCCUUCGUCUCUGUCCUUGGCUGUCGCAGCUGGCCCAGAAGGGGACCUCUGGAGCACGGGCUCUCCUCUCCCAGGGGGCCCAGGCUUCCCUGACUCUCCCUCUUCUCCAGCCUGGGCCAGGCCAGGCCCGUCUCUGCAGAAUGAGUGGUGAUGGCUGUCGCCCUUACAUCUUCUCAGGCAGCUGGGCGCAUUUCCAGGCAGGGUGGGUUUGUCAUCCUCCCCAGAAAGUCUUAGAGAAGCCUCUGUUCCCAUCUUCCUCAGAGGUAGAAAGACACGCCAGCUCCUCUGUAGCGUCUGUGUGGGCACCAGGCCAUGGGGGUGUGGUCUCUACACAGCCGGGGAUGACCUUUGCAUCUGGGCCUACAGCAGAAGGUCACCCAACUGCUCCUGGCUCCCUCACCCCUUUUCUCUGUGGCUGGAGGCCUGGGAGGUGGAGGCCCUGGUGAGGGGCUCCCUGUGCGUUCCAUCCACUGCUGCGAGAGACUCCCAAAGCGGUGGUCUCCGCACCCUGGUCACCGUGCUCAUCAACUCUUCUCCGGGGCACUCGUGGAGGCUGCCUGAGUCUCCUUUGUCCCACCAGACUGGGCCUCUGGGCCUGCUGUUUUUCUUCACCCAGUGACCAAGCUCAGAUCUUGGAUUUUAACAGAAAAGUCCCCUCAUCCUGGAAGCUUAACUUCCUGGAGCCGGGAUGCACCUUCUGCAUGGUGUUCAGAUAACUGGCCUCCACAGCCCCCUCCCACCCUCCCCCAGUGCCGCGGGUGGAGAGCCGGGCAUGUUUCUCGAGAAGCUCCCGUUCUUUCUUGCUCUGCUUUCUCGUGCGGGCCAUGCCCGAGCCCGCUCUCCCCGAAAAGCAGAAGAGGGCUUCCUGGUUCUCGCUUCAGGAUCCACCCAUGUGUGAGCGGCCUGGAGGGCGUCCCUGGGCAGGGCCCCUGGGUCCCACCCAGCCCAUGCAGAAGAAUAGGCUCCUGGGACUUGGACACAGGCUAGAAACCCCUUGAUCUGGGUCCCAGGAGACAGCCACCUAUGCAGGCCCGGCCAAGGCAUGGGUGGAGGGGUCCACCUCGCAGCUGCUCCUUCCUUUCAUGGCUGGCUGGACUCGUCCUUCGGUUCUGCCCAGAAGACUAGUUACGGACAUCCGUGGAACCCUCUGCUCGCUGUGGUCAGCUGGGCACCUGGAGAUGGGUGUAUUUAUUUGCUCAGGGCGGGCAGCCUGUGGUAAGGAGGGGUCAGAGGUGACAGGCACACAUUUGUCGCGUUCACCACUGGUUUUAUUUAAAGUGGUGGCUCCGCGUCCUGGGCCUUGACCCCUAAAGACUUUUCAUAACAGAUGUUAAGAGCAGGGGAAGCCAUCCACUGGCCGUGGACCACACCCAGGGGAGCACACGGCCCUCCAGGGACCUGCACCCCCGCCUCUCCGGGGACUUGACAAGGGUCCCUGAGGCCGAGGGACGUCGGUGCCCCUCACCUCCCCCCCCCCCCCCCCCCCGACUUUGACUUCGUGGUUCUAUGAAAACCAUGUUAACACUUUCCACUCUUGUAACCACAACAGGGCAGUUGCAUCCAGCAUGUCCGUGUCCUGCCCUGGGCAGCUCGCCCGCCCGGGCACACUCUCUCUGGUCUGGCCACUCACCAAGAGGGCACUUCUUAUUUUGUUAUUGGGAGAAGAGCCACCAGCUUAAAAGCUCUUCAUUUUCUUUGGCCAGAAAGUAUAUGGUUUGUGUUUUCUCGGUUCCCACCCCCCCACCAAGGGAUGGAUAUUUAGUCUCUGGGUGGCGUCCACUCUCUGACCCCAGCAGGUGGGGUGAUGGCCUGCUGUCUCUUCUCUCUGUCACACCUCCUGCCUGUCUGGGUGCCCACCCCUUGCACUGCCCCCAACACCCCCCCGACCCCCCAGGCAGUGGGUGUCUGGUUCCUUCCCAAAGUGCUCACUUGGAAAGAGCGUGGCUGCUGGCCUCUUCUAGAAGAGCCCCUUUGAGUCAGGAGUCCGGCAGGGACAGGAAGGAGAGGUCUGUGGAGUUUGACAUGCUGGGGAAAAGGGUGCUCAGGUAAGCGUGUCUUCUUAGUCCUUGCAGGAGAGGUGGUGCCGCCUCAGUUUCCAUCAUGGAGUUGGGAAUCUCCUUGACUCCCUGCCAGGCCCUCUCCAUCUUAGGGCUGACGGCCAAAAACUGAGGCUCCUGUCCUCACGUCUUUGACAUCCUCUGCAAAGCACCAGACAUGAGAGAUGCCAGUGUAAGUGGGUUUCCCUGGGCUUGCAGUGGGCUGGGACGGGCCAUCCCUUCCUGAGCGCCCCCUUUCGCCUCAGUUGCAGCCUCCGAACAGACAAAUCAUGAAUGAGCUAGAAUGUUGCAAGAAUAUGCAUAUAAUAAGCAUAUAUCUAGACAUAGAAUAUAUAUAUAUUUAGGGAGAGCUUUCACAGUGGCCAGCAGUCUUGUGGAGGACCUGGGUAACUCUUACCCUUGACCCAAGGCAAAGGGUUUGCCUUUCUGGAGCUUGAGGUUGGGGAAGGCAUGUAGCAGUGACCCUUGACUCUGGGUAAGCGUCGCCCUGGUUGGGGGGACCUCCUGUGGCCCUGGCAGGCAGUGUCUGCAGUUCUCCAGGCGGAGGUGGGGUAGCAGGCGUGGGGGCCAGCUGACAAGGGCCGCUCUGUGCUGGGCAGCUCUCCAUCCGGGACCCUGGGAGCAAAGGGCUCAAAGCCCCCUGGUUUUCGUGGCACAGCCCCACCGCCCCAGAGCUCCUUUAACAUCUGUUAAUUAAGUGCAAUAAAUUUUUCUAGAAAAUGGCAAAGAUGACUUCCAGGUGGAUAUUGCUGUCUUACAGUGUUGGGGACGCCAGAGCACCACUUGGUUUUAUUUUUCUAAGUGCAUGUGAUGUGACAGAGUGUGUGGGGCUCUGCGCCCUCCCCCGGGAGGCUGGCAUUCCAGCAGGCCCCUCUCUCCUUCACCCAUGCCGGGGAAGGAGGCAUGGCGCAAACCCCUUCUCCCCAGCCGGCGGGGGGCAGAUGCGGAGCGUAGCCCACUGGCCUUAUGUGCGUGUGUGCGUGCGAGUGUGCCACUGCUGGUGGGCCCGAGCGACGUGGCGGGAGGGAAGCCGGGAAUGUAUCCUUUUCAAACGAAAUUAAAUAUUUUGAGACGAGAA